UCAGGUCCGGUGUCGGUAGGGCUGGCAGCGGCAGGAUGAGGACUCUGGGGAGGGAAAAAAAAAAACAAUAAAAAAACCCCUCGAGCUAAUCCUUUGAAGAGUAGAGGUGCGGACAGCGCGGCAGCGCUGCGUCGCGUCUGCGUGCUCCCUGUUGUGGUUCUCGCAAGCUUCCAGAGACCCGCAGCCUUCGGGUCACGCCUCGACGGCUGCAGAGCGUUGUUACCUCGUGGAGUUUUUGGCGAUGUGAAAUUACAGUUCGCACCCUGCAGGCACUAGUUGAUACGAGCUCCGUUGUCCUCAUUCUUCCGGAACAAUAUGAGAGCAGAGCUGUUGCUCCUCUUGAGAUUCCUUUUUCCUCGCUCGUCUCUUGAGUCUACUCACAAGAUUUUUGCAUGCCUAUAGAAAAUAUUUAAACCCUUCUGACACUUGCAUGACACGUAAAAGUUAUUACCUAGGUGUUGACCUGAUUCUUGGUGAUAAGCCUGUGUUGUUCACUUCAUGUUUCUUCACAGGAGAUAAACCAGGAUCAGAUCAGAGGGUGUUUUUUAAGAAACCUGAUAGCUCUCUGAAAGAAGUGAUAAAACUGUAGAUAAAGGAGACUUAAUUAGCAAAGCUUACAGUUUUCCAAAAGUCUUUAGCAGGUGUCUCUGUACUACGAAGUCAAGAACAGUUUUGUUUUUUUUAAAUGAAAAAUAACUAAAAUGCUUCCAUAAAUGCUUGUAUCUGUGCUAACUCUGUACCCUAAAAAAUGAUCGUUACUUGGAAGUGUUUAUCUUCUUUCUGUUGUGAGAUUUGCUCUUGGUGACACUGAGAAGCAAUUUAGAAAGAGUUAAAGUUUUCUUUUUUUCCUGUUUAUAGUAUUUAUAUUUAAUCACUUUAGAAAGUACAUGUGUCAGUGAAUAAUACUUGUGUUAAUUGCUCUACUGAUUUGUUUGGUGGUUUGCUGUAACUACCUUGUUCUUCUAAGCUACUCUUUGCCAGGGCUGUCAUCAGGAGUGUAUUCAGGGAGCAUCUUUCAGGCCUAGCUUCAGUAAAUUUUCAGUUGUUCUUGUUGCACAUUGUAUUAGUAAGAAUACAAAAGCAAUGGUAUUUUUGUUUUUCUGCAGCAUCUAGGGAAGAAAACAUUGGAGAGUCAGUGUGGAUGGUAUUCUGAAAAGUCAGUUCGAGGUGUAGUGAAAGUCAAAAAGCAAUUAGACUGAUAGAAAUUACCAGGUAAAGAAUGCAGUGCAGAAUAACAGACCGUGUCAGGCCACGGUAUAAAUCCUUGCCUUGUCCAGACUUGAGUCCUCUGUGCAGUUCUGGACUUUCCCAUGGGUAAUGUACUAUACUCAGUUUAGGAUAAUUGGGGAGGCGGAGGAAAAGCAAUAGAGAUGAUUGUAGAUCUGAAAUAGCCUUGAUAUAAGGAGAGUAAGAGCAUCCUAUACUGACUUAUUAGUGGCAGCAUAGCUGAAGGGGUUGCUAUGAUUCUCUCUUGCUUGUGCUAGUACUCACAUGAUUGUACAGAUAGGUGGGUCAGUUGGCCUUUGACCAAAAUAUUACCAUGACCAAGCUGAUUUUCAGAGGGGGGUGGGAACUGCAACUUUGAGCAGGAGGGGUGGCAAAACUGAUGCACUUUGGGUGCUAGAAUUGUUUAGGGACAACUUGAGCAUCAUAGCAGAGGGAGGAAUGAGAGGGUGGGUGCACUACAAGUCUGUACAGUCAUGAGUGGCGUGGAGGAGUUGAUUACCCCCAGAGCCAUGCAAAGCUGGAGACCGGGAGAAUACUCAGGAUUUGGGUGUCAGCUUAACCUCUAUAGAAACUGAAUGCCAUCUUGUUUCUCCCCAACCCCAAAAGAAGAGGGGAAGAUGUUGUGAGGGCAGAGAAUAAAAAAGUAAAGAUAUCCUUGAUUUACAGAAGGCAUCCCAAAAUGUUGUGUCGAGCUGCUCUGAGCCCUCUUGUCCGUUCCCCUGGAUGGUGCUUUGUGUUAUCGCCACAUGCCAUCGCAGCCAUUUCCCGUUUAUAUCUCCCUUGCCAUAACCAAAGAUUAAGGAAUGAAUCCAUCCGCUGUUGGAGCAACAUCCCAUUUAUCACCAUGCCACUCAGCCGUGCACAUGGAAAAUCGUUUGCGCACCGCAGCGAGCUGAAGCACGCAAAGCGGAUCGUAGUGAAGCUGGGUAGUGCUGUUGUGACUCGAGGGGACGAGUGCGGCUUGGCCCUUGGGAGGCUGGCAUCUAUUGUAGAGCAGGUGUCAAUGCUUCAAAAUCAGGGCCGGGAAAUGAUGAUUGUCACCAGUGGUGCUGUAGCUUUCGGAAAGCAGCGCCUACGCCAUGAGAUCUUGCUUUCUCAGAGUGUGAGGCAAGCGCUUCAUUCAGGCCAGAAUCAGCUAAAAGAUAUGGCUAUCCCGGUCUUGGAGGCCCGAGCCUGUGCAGCAGCUGGCCAGAGUGGACUAAUGGCUCUGUAUGAGGCCAUGUUUACGCAGUACAGCAUCUGUGCAGCUCAAAUUUUAGUCACCAACCUGGAUUUCCAUGAUGAGCAGAAGCGUCGGAACUUAAAUGGAACAUUGCAUGAGCUUUUAAGAAUGAAUAUAGUCCCUAUAAUUAACACUAAUGAUGCAGUUGUUCCACCUCCGGAGCCGAACAGUGAUCUGCAGGGGGUAAAUGUGAUUAGUGUGAAGGAUAAUGACAGUCUGGCAGCACGGCUGGCUGUGGAAAUGAAAACUGAUCUUCUGAUUGUCCUCUCAGACGUAGAAGGACUCUUUGACAGCCCUCCAGGAUCUGAUGAUGCAAAGCUCAUUGACAUAUUCUACCCAGGAGACCAGCAGUCUGUAACAUUUGGAACCAAAUCCCGUGUGGGAAUGGGAGGCAUGGAAGCCAAGGUGAAAGCAGCUCUGUGGGCCCUCCAGGGAGGCACCUCUGUGGUGAUUGCAAAUGGAACCCACCCCAAGAUCUCAGGUCAUGUCAUCACAGAUAUUGUGGAAGGGAAAAAAGUUGGAACUUUUUUUUCAGAGGUAAAACCUGCAGGUCCUACAGUAGAGCAGCAGGGUGAAAUGGCUCGAGCUGGUGGCAGGACCCUGGCGGCUCUACAGCCUGAGCAGAGAGCAGAGAUUAUUUAUCGCCUUGCUGAUUUACUAACUGACCAGAGAGAAGAAAUUCUCUUGGCAAACAAAAAGGACUUAGAAGAGGCUGAAAAUAAAGGGAGAUUGGCACUUCCUUUGUUGAAACGUCUAAGUCUGUCUACGUCAAAGCUGAACAGCUUGGCUAUUGGUCUGCGUCAGAUUGCAGCAUCCUCACAGGACAGCGUUGGCCGUGUAAUUCGACGAACACGAAUAGCAAAAGACCUGGAGUUGGAGCAGGUGACAGUACCUAUUGGCGUCCUUCUCGUGAUCUUUGAGUCCCGUCCUGACUGUCUUCCACAGGUGUCUGCUUUGGCUGUAGCCAGUGGAAAUGGCUUACUACUGAAAGGAGGGAAAGAGGCAGCACACAGCAAUCAAAUCCUUCAUCAUCUAACACAGGAAGCACUCUCCAUUCAUGGAGUAAAAGAUGCAGUGCAACUAGUGAACACAAGAGAGGAAGUAGAAGAUCUCUGCCGUUUGGAUAAGCUGAUAGAUCUAAUCAUUCCACGUGGUUCAUCACAGCUAGUCAGGAAUAUCCAGAAAUCUGCUAAGGGAAUCCCUGUGAUGGGACACAGCGAAGGGAUCUGUCAUGUGUACGUGGACACGGAUGCCAGCGUUGAGAAGGUCACACGCAUAAUCAGAGACUCAAAGUGUGAAUAUCCUGCUGCCUGUAAUGCUCUGGAAACUCUCUUAAUUCAUCGAGACUUGCUGAGAACCCCGUUGUUUGAUCAGAUCAUAGACAUGUUGAGAGUAGAACAGGUGAAGAUUCACGCUGGCCCAAAGUUUGCAUCCUACUUGACAUUCAGCCCUUCAGAAGUGAAAUCUCUCCGCACGGAAUAUGGGGACCUGGAGUGCUGCAUUGAGGUGGUGGACAGCGUCCAAGAGGCUGUUGAACAUAUCCACAAGUACGGAAGUUCUCACACGGAUGUUAUCAUCACAGAGAAUGAGAAAACAGCAGAGUUCUUCCUUCAGCAUGUGGACAGUGCUUGUGUUUUCUGGAAUGCCAGUACCCGAUUCUCUGACGGCUAUAGAUUUGGACUUGGUGCUGAAGUGGGAAUUAGUACUUCUCGUAUCCAUGCACGUGGACCAGUGGGAAUUGAAGGACUCUUAACAACAAAGUGGUUGCUGAGGGGUGACAAUCAUGUUGUUUCUGACUUCUCAGAGCAUGGCAGCAUGAAGUAUCUUCAUGAGACCCUCCCUCUUCCUCAGAGAAAUACCAAUUAA